AUGUUUAGGACACUUCUUUCAUCUACUGUGCGUUCAAUUCAAUUAAAGCCAGUGACAUCUACCCUUUCCACCACUAUUCCAUCAAUAACAUCUAUUCCCACUGUAUCCUAUUUUUCAACGUCACCAAUAAACUAUAAAACCAAUACCUCGACUAGAACUAAAGAGAAUGUUCAUGACUUGACGACAUUCUUAACCUUAAUUGGUCGUAAUAGCAUUGAAUACAAAGAUUUAUUUGAAGAUGAUUUAAAUAAAUUUUUAUCAACUACUUCAGCACAAAUGAAAAAUAUGGGUAUUGAUACUAGAGCAAGAAGAUAUUUAUUACGAUGGAGACAUAAGUUUCUUAAUGAUUUGGAACCAUUAAGAGAGCAUAAAUUGGGUAAGAAAAGAAACGGUGGUGAAAGAAAGGCUAAAACUGUUAUUGCUAAAAGACAAGCUUUGGAACGUUUGGAAGAAAAAGAAAAAUGGGCUCAAGAAGAAUUGGAAGCUGAAAAGAGAGGUGAAAGAUUGUUUUAG